GGACGGGAGGAAGUGCGCACGCGCACUUUUCACUAUGGCUGUUGUUGAAGAUAGUUUAAAAUCUUAGGGCAUGCGCACUUCGAGUUCGGAUUCAGAGAAUACGCCAUAUUGGAAUAGUGUAGAGUAUUAACAGUUUCUAGUAUAUAGAAUUAGAGAAUUUUUUUUCGGGUUGGUCGUUUUAGCGCUUAUGUUGCAAUGAUACGAUUUAUAGGUAACUUUUUCUAAAAAAAAAAAAAAAUUAAAAUAAAAAAUAAGAAGUUCUCUGGCGGAGUGUUAUAAGGACGGCAGGGAAAUUAAACGUGUGGAUUUUAACGGGAAAACGGGGAUUCAGUGGAAAAGGUUUGUUAAGAUCACUGAAGUUGAAUGGAUCCGAGGGUAGCUUGGAUUCAGCCAGAGCAGAAAGGACCAGCGAAUGCAUUGUGGAUGCAGAUCUGGGAGACCUCUCAGGGAGUUAGGAGCAACUCCGGCCACCACCACCAUCACUACCAUCAUUUAUGUGUCAACGCGCCGGCUGUGGACUGUAAUCUUUUGAAACAUGUAGCCGCUGUGGCUUCCAAGAACACGCGCAGCAACAGCAGCAAUCUCGGACAUGUUGCCAAUGCAAAUAACAGCAGCAAGAAUAUUCCUGUUCCUUCAAGUCUAACGAAUAGCAGCAGCAACGGACAGAGUAAUCCUGCGUACCCCUCCUGUAACGGGGCGAAGGUAGGUGGGGGAGAAGGGAAGAGGCUGCAAAAGACACCCUCCGUGUCGUCGUCGUCCUCGGUCGAGUCCGGCACGGAAAGCCCAGUGAACUCGUCCUCAUCGGGAAGGACUAACAAGACCGUGGACGGCAGUCUGUUUUUCGGUUUCAGUGAAAACUUGCACAACGCGAACAACCACGGCGCCCAUCAGCAUCACCAUCCGCACGAGCUGAACCAUGGUCGCCACGGUUUUCACGGCGUUACGCCGAGCAAUCACGGCCAUCAUCCAGGCCGCAGGAAAAGUGAUAAUAAGGCGAGCACCUACGGCAUCAAUUACUUGCUGUCCAGCUGCAGCAAUGGGAACUAUGAGAUCUGCUCCGGGACACCAUGGAAAACCAAAAAGUACAGUCCGGGCGUGAACGGACUCCAUGAAGAGAUUAUAGAGUUCUAUAAAUUUAUGUCACCUCGCCCUGAAGAAGCAGCUAUGCGUAAAGAAGUCGUGAAAAGGAUAGAAACGGUUAUAAAAGAUCUGUGGCCAACAGCAGAUGUUCAAAUCUUCGGCAGCUUUAGCACAGGACUUUAUCUCCCAACAAGUGAUAUAGAUCUGGUGGUCUUUGGUAAAUGGGAGAGACCUCCUCUGCAGCUACUGGAGCAAGCACUACGGAAACACAAUGUUGCUGAGCCUUAUAGUAUAAAAGUACUUGACAAAGCUACGGUACCAAUAAUUAAACUCACUGACCAAGAGACAGAAGUAAAAGUGGACAUCAGCUUCAAUGUAGAAACUGGUGUGAAAGCAGCUCGGUUUAUAAAAGAUUUUAUGAAGAAGUAUACUGUGCUGCCUUAUCUGAUAUUUGUGUUGAAGCAGUUUCUCCUUCAAAGGGAUCUGAAUGAAGUUUUCACAGGAGGAAUUAGCUCAUACAGCCUCAUUUUAAUGGUUAUUAGCUUCCUUCAGUUACAUCCAAGAAUAGAUGCCAAAAAUCCCAAUGUCAAUCUUGGCAUUCUCUUGAUUGAAUUUUUUGAGCUGUAUGGAAGACAUUUUAACUAUUUAAAAACUGGCAUUCGUAUUAAAAAUGGAGGUGCAUAUGUUGCCAAAGAGGAAAUUAUGAAAGCCAUGACGAAUGGGUACAGACCAUCUAUGUUAUGUAUUGAAGACCCCCUCUUACCAGGAAACGAUGUAGGACGAAGUUCAUAUGGUGCCAUGCAAGUUAAACAAGUCUUUGACUACGCCUACAUUGUGCUUGGGCACGCUGUGUCUCCACUUGCAAGGUCAUACCCAAAUAAAGAUUCUGAAAGCACUUUAGGUCGAAUCAUUAAAGUUACACAAGAAGUAAUCAAUUACAGAGAAUGGAUUAUAAAGAAAUGGGGUGGCAGGAACAGUCCAAGAUUAGACAUUUGUGAUCAAGUUAUUAAAACGGAUGGGCAAAUAGACACCAGCAACCUGAAACUGAAUGGCGAGCUGCUGCAGGGCCGUGAUACAGUAUCACCACAAAGUGUAGAUUCUCCCAUGUCUCUUUCCAGUCCUCAGCAACAUUCCUCUGGCUCUUCUGCAUCAUCUGUGUCUUCUCUCUCUGGAAGUGAUAUUGACUCUGAUUCAACUUCUUGUCCAGCCACAAGUAUUCAUCAGUUUUCAAUACAGGCACUAACGCUGACACCACUACCACCUGCACUGCAAAUACCAAAUGGCAAGCCAAACCUGAAUGGGGCAUUGAUUGUGUCAUCUAGUUCUCAGACACGAAUACCUCUUCCCGGCACACUUGCUGUUACGUCUUUGCCUGGCAGGCAGGUUUGUAUCGAUGGGACGCACCCCUUGAAUGCGGUUCAUCAUUUAACUUCCCCUGCUGCUCCUCCUGCCUCACCUAGUCCUUUGCCAAGUCCUCAUCUUCAUCACAAGGUGCACAGUGUGCCAAAAUAUUCAGUUAAAUCCUUUCACAGCCCAGGAACUGUUCAUAACAAUAUGAUGGGGAGUAUAAAGCAACCUGUUAACAAUAGGGGCCACCAUCAAUAUAACCGGAGCACAUGGCGAAGGAGGAAGCACCCGAGAGAGAGCUUGCCCGUCAGCCUUAGUCGAUGAGAAACCUGCUUCCUUACUCUGAAGGUGGAUUUUCGUUCAUCAUUUUUAAAUAGAUGUCAGACAUGGGAGCAAGACCAGCAUUUGCAAUUUUAUCCUUUUUUCUUUUUUUUUUUUCUUUUUUUUUUUGUCCUCUCCUCUGUUAUUCUGUCUCCACCCCUCUCUCUGUCUGCAUGCUUCCUGUACGGUGGCCAAGAACCCAUCUUGCAGAUAAUACUGUUUGGCGCUGAAUAUCUAUGGAGAUGUUAUUUGGAUGUGAACGUUUCUGGGGUUCAUUUUUUUUUUUGUUUUUUGUUCGUUUUGGAUUUUUGGUUGGAAGUUGGGAGGUGAG